AUGCAAAGCUCAAAUCUUGAUGAAGGAGACACUAUUUCUACUCUUCCUUCGUUGCACUUUAUUGAGUUGUUCUCAUGUGCUGUCGCUGUCACUGGACAUAUAGUUCAUAAUGCCAACAUAGCCAUCAGCAGAUAUGUGGAUACCUGCCUACUCGAAGAAUUGGACGAGUUCUGCGAGAAGAUGAUUCUGCUGAAUCUACUCUUUCUUUCUGGUGUAUCUCCCGCUCAGAAGUGGAGUCUUUUUCGAGUUCUAGAUGUGCUGUUAGACGGUGGGCUGGCAAUGACACCAGAACAAGUGCGUGCAAUGAGUGCAAAAGCAGAUGAGGAGCGGCGACGUAAUAAGAAUAAUAUUAUGCAACAACCUCAAGAUGCAUCUGUCGCGCAAGCUCAUGCACCGCUUUCCCAGCAUCAAACAACCAUUACUCAGAAAGCAGAUGAUUGCAAUGCUGCACCGGAGAAGAUUUACCGGAAUCAUGCUGAGGCUCCCAUAAGGAAACUGACUUGUGAUCUUAUCAAAACCUACAAGAAUAUUAAUGAGUCCUUUUACUUACGGAAAGCUCUACGACGGCAGGAACACCAAGCUAACAUGCAAGCGAACCGUAAUAAUGCUUCAGCGACUUCUGGUAGUAAUCAGUUGCUUAGCACCGCAUCGACUAUCCAUCCUCAGGGUACUGCCCAUAAUCUACCAACAAAUUUGGAUAUGCAACAUGGAUCACUUCCAAAAGGUCUACCCCAUUUUGAUACAAACGCUCCCCCUGCUUCUCAAAUGGUGGUUCCAGCUGUUACAGAAAAUGAAGCGAGCAGAAAUAGGCAGAAAUCGAGCAGAGGAGGUCCUCACAAUGGUGGUUAUGAUGACGAGAAUUACGACUAUAUUCUGAAAGACGGGGAGUGCUUUAAUACAAGGUACAUUAUUCUUACGGAAAAGCCAAUAGGAAAAGGUUCUUUUGGGCAAGUAACUCGCGCGUAUGACACAGUUGCGAAGGAAGAUGUAGCGAUAAAAAUUAUAAAGAACAAGAAGACGUUUUUCGAUCAAGCCCAAAUCGAAAUAAAGUUGCUGGAAAUGAUGAGAGCUCAUGAUACUGAGCGCAAAUAUAAUGUUGUUCUCCUCAAGGGACAUUUCGUUCAUCGAAACCAUCUCUGCCUCGUCUUCGAGUUGCUUUCGUAUAAUCUCUACGACUUGUUGAGGAACACGAAUUUUCGUGGUGUUUCGCUCAAUCUUACUCGUAAGUUCGCGCAACAGCUUACUAAAACGCUUUUAUUCCUUUCGUCUCCCGAAUUGUCUAUCAUUCAUUGCGAUCUCAAACCAGAAAAUGUCCUUCUUUGCAAUCCUAAACGUUCUAAAAUCAAUAUAAUCGACUUUGGUUCUUCUUGCCAGAUUGGUCACAGGAUUUAUCAAUAUAUACAGUCCAGAUUCUACCGCUCUCCUGAAGUUUUGCUAGGAAUAGCCUACGACACCAAAAUUGACAUGUGGUCACUAGGAUGUAUUUUGGUGGAAAUGCACACUGGUGAGCCAUUAUUUGCUGGCUCCUCUGAAGUGGACCAAAUGAUGAAAAUUGUGGAAGUGCUUGGAAUGCCUCCUAAAGAACUCCUGGACGUGGGACCAAAAACUCAUAAGUAUUUCGAGAAGACGGAAGAUGGUGUCUACUACUGUAAAAAAACGCGGGACAACUUUAACAAGUGUUAUCGUGGCCCUGGACAUAGGAAGCUUCAUGACAUACUUGGUGUGACUUCUGGCGGUCCAAAUGGAAGACGGGCUGGAGAAGCGGGACAUUCGGUCGAAGAAUACAGCAAGUUUAAGGACUUGAUCAAGCGAAUGUUGACGUACGAUCCAAAACUACGUAUAUCACCUUACUAUGCUGUUCGCCAUCCCUUCCUGAGACCCAAGACAGCUCAAAUGGGCCAGUCAUCUGCAGCUGUAGAUAGUCCGACGCACCAGUCCUCAUCUAGAGUAAGCCAGGAGGUGUGGGGAAGUCAAAUGGACUGUAGCGAGGAUGUCGAGCAAACUUCAUUCGGGAAUUCCACAGCUUCUGUAACGGCAGCACCCUCCCUAGCACUGUCGUCCUCGACAAACCAACGACGGGUGGUACCGGAUGACAAUCCACAAUUUGGCGGUCAUUACUCGCAUUCAACAGGAGAUGUCUACCGCCAACCUUCAGUUGGGUCCGCAACCACAUCGAAACCCAAGCUUCGAUGA